GACCGCCCCUCCUCCGAUUGGCUGCUCAGGCCGACUCUGCUCGGCUGGGACAGCGGCUCGUGGCUCGGCGGAGGCUCGCCCAAGCCGUGGACGUUCCACCUCGGCGCCAAGCUCGUCCUGCCGCUCCACUACCUCGCCGCGUGCGGCUACUCCAACGACACGCUCGUCGUCUUCACGGACCACGACGUGCUCUUCCAGGGCGGCGCCGCGGCGCUGCGCGAGGCAUACCGCGCCGCCGCCUCCGCCUCAGGCUCGCACCUGCUCUUCUCGACCGAGCACCAGCCUUACCCGGAGGAGGUGGGCCCGCUCUUCCCGCCAGCGCCAGGUCCCGCCCCCUUCCGCUACCUCAACUCGGGCAUGUGGGCCGGGCCCGUCGGCGCCGUGCUCGAGCUGCUGCAGACGCUGGUGGGCGUGCGUCGCGGCGAGUCGCUGCCCGCGCUGCUCGACGUCUACCUCAACUGGGAGCGGCACACUGCGCGCGCUUCGCCGACGCCGCGCGUCUACGUCGACAACGACCAGACCGCGUACGCCUGCCUCUUCGUCUCGCAGCACCUCGCGCGUGCGCUGCCGCAGUGGGGCGGCAAGCCCGACAUGCCGCGCCAGCUGCGCAACGCCCUCUGCGCGUCGCUCCCCGCCGCCGAGCGCGCCGCCGCCGACGCGCGCUUCGCGUCGCACGUGACGUUUCUCGACCCGACUUUCCGACGCGUGAGCGGAGGCAUCGGCCAUCUCAACUCGACCUGCUUGGGCGUCGUAGCAGCUUGA